UAUAUAGCUAUUGAUGCUCCAUGGCAUACUAUACACAGUUAUUCAGUUAUUCACUGGUCGUCCAAAAUGGCGACCACGAACGAUUCGAAGGCGCCUUUGCGCCAAGUAAAAAGAGUACAAUUUGGUAUAUUAUCCCCAGAUGAGAUCCGACGAAUGUCAGUCACUGAAGGGGGCAUUCGCUUCCCAGAAACUAUGGAAGGUGGAAGACCUAAGCUUGGUGGGCUUAUGGACCCACGACAAGGGGUAAUUGAUAGAAGUUCCAGAUGUCAGACUUGUGCAGGAAAUAUGACAGAAUGUCCUGGACACUUUGGACAUAUAGAUUUAGCCAAACCAGUUUUUCACAUUGGUUUUAUUACUAAAACAAUAAAAGUCUUAAGAUGUGUUUGCUUUUAUUGUUCAAAACUGCUUGUUAGCCCGACAAACCCAAAAAUAAAAGAAGUUGUAAUGAAAUCAAAAGGUCAACCUCGAAAAAGGUUGACGUACGUCUAUGAUUUAUGUAAGGGUAAAAAUAUUUGUGAGGGGGGAGAAGACAUGGAUAUAGGAAAAGAGGGAGAGGAAGGAAAGAGAGGGUCAGGCCAUGGGGGUUGUGGUCACUACCAACCUUCCAUUAGACGACAGGGUUUAGAUUUGACCGCAGAAUGGAAACGUGCUAAUGAAGAUACUCAAGAUAAGAAAAUAAUCAUCACUGCUGAACGAGUUUAUGAAAUUUUAAAACACAUUACAGAUGAAGAGUCAUUUAUUUUGGGCAUGGACCCCAAAUUUGCACGACCAGACUGGAUGAUUGUAACAGUUCUUCCAGUUCCACCAUUAGCAGUAAGACCUGCUGUUGUUAUGUUUGGAUCCGCCAAGAACCAAGAUGACUUGACCCAUAAACUUGCAGAUAUAAUUAAAGCAAACAAUGAGUUAAUGAGGAAUGAACAGUCUGGUGCUGCUGCUCAUGUCUUAACUGAUAAUAUUAGGAUGUUACAGUUUCAUGUGGCCACAUUUGUAGAUAAUGAUAUGCCUGGAAUGCCAAAAGCUAUGCAAAAAUCUGGGAAACCUCUCAAAGCAAUAAAAGCACGUUUAAAGGGUAAAGAAGGAAGAAUCAGAGGAAAUCUAAUGGGAAAACGUGUGGACUUUUCUGCUCGGACUGUCAUUACACCCGACCCUAACCUACGUAUUGACCAAGUAGGAGUCCCCAGGUCCAUUGCUCAAAAUUUAACAUUUCCUGAAUUAGUAACACCAUUCAACAUAGAUAGGAUGCAAGAAUUAGUUAGACGUGGUAAUGCACAAUAUCCAGGAGCUAAAUACAUUGUACGAGACAAUGGAGAAAGAAUAGAUCUACGUUUCCAUCCUAAACCAUCAGACUUACAUUUGCAAUAUGGAUAUAAAGUAGAACGACAUUUGAGAGACGAUGACCUGGUUAUUUUCAACAGACAGCCUACACUACACAAGAUGAGUAUGAUGGGUCAUAGAGUAAAAGUAUUACCAUGGUCAACAUUUCGAAUGAACUUGAGUUGUACUUCGCCAUACAAUGCUGAUUUUGAUGGAGAUGAAAUGAAUUUACAUGUACCACAAUCCAUGGAAACUCGUGCAGAAGUAGAAAAUAUACACAUAACCCCACGUCAGAUUAUAACCCCACAAGCCAACAAACCUGUUAUGGGUAUUGUACAAGAUACAUUGACUGCUGUAAGAAAAAUGACAAAACGAGAUGUAUUUUUGACCAAAGAGCAGGUCAUGAAUUUACUUAUGUUUUUGCCCACAUGGGAUGGAAAAAUACCUCAGCCUUGUAUUUUAAAACCACAGCCACUUUGGACUGGAAAACAAAUAUUUACUCUGAUCAUUCCUGGAAAUGUUAAUAUGGUUCGUACUCAUUCCACUCAUCCCGACGAAGAAGAUGAUGGACCAUACAAGUGGAUAUCACCUGGGGAUACAAAAGUAGUAGUAGAACAUGGCGAGUUGCUCAUGGGUAUUUUAUGUAAAAAGUCUCUUGGUGCAUCUGCUGGUUCUUUGCUCCACAUUUGCAUGUUAGAACUGGGCCAUGAAACUGCUGGACGUUUCUAUGGUAAUAUUCAAACUGUGAUUAAUAAUUGGCUUUUAUUAGAAGGACACUCAAUUGGUAUCGGCGAUACUAUCGCUGAUCCGCAAACAUAUCAAGAAAUUCAGCGUGCCAUAGUAAAAGCUAAAGAUGAUGUCAUAGAGGUUAUUCAAAAAGCGCACAAUAUGGAAUUAGAGCCUACACCUGGUAACACACUCAGACAGACAUUCGAAAAUCAAGUAAAUCGUAUUUUAAACGACGCUCGUGACAAAACUGGAGGUUCUGCGAAAAAAUCUCUUACAGAAUAUAACAAUUUAAAAGCUAUGGUGGUUGCAGGUUCUAAAGGUUCAAAUAUUAAUAUUUCUCAGGUUAUUGCCUGUGUAGGUCAACAAAACGUAGAAGGAAAACGUAUUCCGUUUGGCUUCCGUAAAAGAACAUUGCCUCAUUUCAUUAAAGACGAUUAUGGUCCUGAAUCAAGAGGUUUCGUAGAAAACUCAUACCUUGCUGGUUUGACACCUUCCGAAUUUUAUUUCCACGCUAUGGGGGGUCGUGAGGGUCUUAUUGAUACUGCUGUAAAAACCGCUGAAACGGGUUAUAUUCAACGACGUUUAAUAAAGGCUAUGGAGUCUGUUAUGGUACAUUACGAUGGCACUGUUCGUAACUCUGUAGGACAGUUGAUUCAGUUGAGAUACGGCGAAGAUGGCUUGGCAGGAGAAACAGUAGAAUUCCAAAAUCUUCCGACAAUCAAACUGUCUAAUAAGGCAUUUGAAAAGAAAUUUAAAUUUGAUCCAACCAAUGAGAGAUAUUUGAAGAGAAUUUUCAAUGAAGAUAUUAUAAAGGAGCUUACCGAGUCAGGAUAUGUUAUUGCUGAUCUUGAAAGUGAGUGGGAACAGUUAUCCAAAGAUAGAGAAGUACUACGCCAAAUUUUCCCCAGUGGAGAAUCUAAAGUUGUACUACCCUGCAAUUUCAGGAGAAUGAUUUGGAAUGUACAAAAAAUUUUCCAUAUCAAUAAAAGAGUCACAACUGAUUUAAGUCCCAUAAAAGUGAUACAAGGUGUUAAGGAUCUUUUAAAUAAAUGUGUUAUAGUAGCUGGUGAUGAUCGCCUGUCUAAACAAGCCAAUGAAAAUGCUACCUUACUCUUCCAGUGCUUAGUAAGGUCUACACUUUGCACAAAAUUUGUUUCUGAAGAUUAUAGACUUUCAAGUGAAGCUUUUGAAUGGCUGAUUGGAGAAAUAGAAACACGUUUCCAACAAGCGCAAGUUAAUCCAGGUGAAAUGGUUGGAGCUCUGGCUGCUCAAUCACUUGGAGAGCCCGCUACUCAAAUGACAUUAAACACUUUCCACUUUGCUGGUGUGUCAUCUAAAAACGUAACACUUGGUGUACCGCGUCUGAAAGAAAUUAUCAACAUUUCAAAGAAGCCGAAAGCGCCUUCACUAACCGUUUUUCUUACCGGAGGGGCGGCUAGAGAUGCAGAGAAAGCUAAAAAUGUGCUUUGUCGAUUGGAACAUACUACAUUGCGAAAAGUUACUGCAAACACGGCCAUUUAUUAUGAUCCUGACCCUCAAAAUACAGUAAUUGCAGAAGAUCAAGAAUUUGUUAAUGUCUACUAUGAAAUGCCUGAUUUUGAUCCUACCAAGAUCUCUCCGUGGUUGCUACGUAUUGAAUUAGAUCGUAAGAGAAUGACGGAUAAGAAACUGACUAUGGAACAAAUCGCAGAAAAAAUAAAUGCAGGAUUUGGAGAUGAUUUGAAUUGCAUUUUCAACGACGACAAUGCUGAAAAACUAGUAUUACGAAUCCGAAUAAUGAAUAAUGAGGAGAGCAAAUUUCAAGAUAAUGAUGAGGAAACUGUUGAUAAAAUGGAAGAUGACAUGUUCCUUAGAUGUAUUGAAGCGAAUAUGUUAUCUGAUAUGACUUUGCAAGGUAUAGAAGCCAUAGCAAAAGUGUACAUGCACUUGCCACAAACAGAAGCUAAAAAGCGAAUCAUCAUAACUGAUCAAGGUGAAUUCAAAGCUAUUGCAGAAUGGUUGUUAGAAACCGAUGGUACAUCGUUAAUGAAAGUACUCUCUGAACGUGACGUCGAUCCAAUACGAACAUUCAGUAACGACAUCUGCGAAAUAUUCCAAGUGUUAGGUAUAGAAGCCGUACGUAAGUCAGUUGAAAAGGAAAUGAAUGCUGUAUUGCAGUUCUAUGGCUUAUACGUAAACUAUCGUCAUCUCGCUCUACUUUGUGAUGUGAUGACUGCAAAAGGUCAUCUCAUGGCUAUUACCCGCCACGGUAUAAAUAGACAAGACACUGGUGCUCUUAUGCGGUGCUCCUUCGAAGAAACAGUAGACGUGCUCCUUGACGCCGCAAGCCACGCUGAAGUAGAUCCUAUGAGGGGUGUAUCUGAGAACAUAAUCAUGGGUCAAUUACCGAGGAUGGGAACUGGCUGUUUUGACUUAUUACUCGACGCCGAAAAAUGUAAACAUGGAAUGGAAAUGGGUGGUCUCGGUGUUGGUAUGGGUGUUGGAGGUGGUAUGUACUUUGGAGUUGGCACUCCUUCAAUGACCCCAUUGAUGACACCAUGGUCAAAUCAAAAUACUCCUGGAUAUGGUGCAUCUGUUUGGUCUCCUGGUCAAGUUGGUAGUAGCAUGACUCCUGGGCCAUCUUUCUCACCAUCAGGAGCCUCAGAUGCAUCGGGAUUGUCACCGGCUUACAGUAGUUCAUGGUCCCCUCAACCUGGCUCACCUGGAUCUCCAGGCGCUCCUCUAUCACCAUAUGCUUCGCCUGCAGGAGCAUCUCCUUCUUAUUCUCCAACUAGUCCAGUCUACGCCGCACCGUCACCUAGUCUUACUCCUACAUCUCCUCAUUAUUCACCUACCAGCCCUUCCUAUUCGCCAACAUCUCCAAAUUAUUCCCCGACGUCUCCUAUUUACUCACCGACUUCGCCAAGUUAUUCACCAACGUCACCAAGUUAUUCCCCUACAUCGCCUUCGUAUUCUCCGACGUCCCCUAGCUAUUCCCCAACUUCACCAAGUUAUUCUCCAACUAGUCCAGCAUAUUCACCAACGUCUCGAAGUUAUUCAGCCACUUCUCCGAGUUAUUCACCGACGAGUCCGUCCUAUUCACCGACGAGUCCGUCAUAUUCACCUACUAGUGCAGCAUAUUCGCCAACAUCUCCAAGAUAUUCGCCUUCUUCACCUAGUUAUUCACCAACAAGCCCAGCGUACAGUCCAGCAUCUCUUAGUUAUUCUCCAUCUUCACCAAAUUAUACACCCACAGCUCCUACUUAUUCGCCUACUAGCCCAGCAUUUACCCCAACGUCACCAGUAUACUCGCCGACAUCUCCGAAUUACUCGCCGUCGUCACCUAAGUAUUCACCAUCUCCUAACUAUUCUCCUACUUCACCGUCACUGGCAGGCAGUCCUAGCAGUCCACAAUAUUCACCGAAAAGUCCACAAUAUUCCCCAACAAGCACGGCAUAUUCUCCUUCAUCGCCCCAACACCCUGGAAGUACACAGUAUUCGCCAUCCUCUCCAAAUUAUUCCCCAUCGUCACCAAACUACUCAUCACCAGGAUAUUCACCUUCAUCGACUAAGUAUUCUCCUACGUCGCCUACUUAUACGUCAACAUCUCCAAAUUAUUCACCAACAUCACCAGCUUAUUCGCCAUCUUCGGCUGGUCCAUCAUAUUCUCCAACCUCACCAAACUAUCCAGCUUCACCUUCACAUGACGACGAUGAUUAGUGUAUUUAUUAGUUGUAGGUAGUGUAAGGAUAUAGUUAAGAUAUUCAUUAAUUGUAAAAAAAAAUAAGUUUUAAGGAAAGUUUUUAUAAAAAUUAGCUAGAUUGAUUAGCUUUUAAAUACGUGUGAAUGUGAUGUAAAUAUAAAUUUAUACUGUAAUACCUUUAAUUCCUUUAAUCAAACAAUUUUAUCUGAUUUUUUCGUUUUGCUUAAGUUAUAUUUGGAAAUAUCCAAUAUUAACUUGUUUUCCUAUUUUAAUACAUUGUUAUUAAAAACUUUUAAGUUUGAUUAUUUCAGUUGGACUGAACUAAAUAUAAUGAUUCUAAACUAUA